AACACACUAUGGAUUACCUGCAAAAGUCUCCUUUACUUCUUCUUAGUUCAUGCCAUAAAAGAAAUAACUAUAUCAGUGACUGAAGGCAGAACAGUGUAACAGUGGAGAGAAAGGGGGAGGAAGUGCCUAAUCCAAGAGAAAGGUCCCUCAUAACUGGGUUUGCCUCCAACUAAUGAGCAUAGUUUAAGUGCAUUUGUGAAAAUUCAGCUCUAAGAAAUGAGAAUCUGUCCAGCUUUUCCAUUAGCUGUGUCCUUCAAAUUAAAAGGAGGAGUUGUAAACAGCUGUGGGUUCAAAACUUGAGGUUAACAGGGCAGCUUUAACAGCAACACUCAAACGUUUCAAUUUGAGAUCUCCUAUUCGAAUGUUCAAAAUUCUCAUUAGAAAUUUGGAUGAAAACCAAGCUCUGAGACAGGAACCCUUUAAUUACAUAUCCACACCCCUCUACAGGUGUGCACAAUGGACCAGUUAGCACCACCAGGCCUGCCCUGUCUGUACAGUGACGGCACAAGCCCUGCAGUGGGCACAGGGGGUCGUAACAGGAGAUUGUAAUGUCAGGGUAGUAACGUAACUAAGACAGGUAUUCUGUUAAAUCAGGAGUCACACAAUCACAGCAAAGCUGAUGCAUUCAGAUGUAAAAAGAGUAAAAUCAUCUGUUCCCACACACAGCCCUGAAAGUGGAGAUGCAGCCUGAGAAAGUGGAAGAAUAUGAUGAAGUAAAACUGACCUGCAGAACCACCUGCCCUGCGGGUACCAACCCGACCUACAUCUGGUACAAGGACAAAAAGCCUUUCACCAAACAACACAUGGUCACUGGAAACACACUGACCAUAAACCCACUAUAUAAAAGCGAAGCAGGCAGUUAUACUUGUGCUUUAAAGGGACAUGAGGGGUAUCCCUCACCAGCUGUGUGUGUGGAUUGCUGGAGCGUGGAAUACACUUCUCAGAGUAUCUGUGCCGUGAGGGGGUCAUCAGUCUACAUGGGCUGCUCUUACAAACAUCCCAGACAUUUAACUGUCACUGAACCAUUCUGGCAUAAACCAGGGAUUCUGGAAGAUUUAAGGAAGAAGGCGAAUAGUCGAGUCAAGUUCCUUGAAAACAAAGAGAAUGACUGCAGCAUGAGGAUGGAAGGUCUUAGAGAGAGUGACUCUGGAGAAUAUCUGUUUAGGAUUAUAACAGAUGAUUCCAAAGGGAUGUUCUCUGGAAGUCCUGGGGUCACACUCUCAGUUUCCAUGGAGGGUGAAUCAGUGACUCUGACCUGCAGCAGUGAUGCCGACCCACCAGCGACCACAUACACCUGGUUUAAGAAGAAAAGGGCUGAAACCUUUCGGAUGGAGGGAUCAGGAUGGAGAAACCAGAUCACUGAUAUCAGCUCUGAGUUCAGUGGGCGUUACCACUGCAAGGGAAAGAACGAUAUUGGAGCCAACCCCCCAAAGAACACUUCUGCAUCAAUCAGUCCCCCUGGUAACAUAGUGGAGGGUGAUUCAGUGACUCUGACCUGCACCAGUGAUGCCAACCCACCAGCGACCACAUACACCUGGUUUAAGAUGAAAAGGGCUGAAACCUUUUCGAUGGAGGGAUCAGGAUGGAGAAACCAGAUCACUAAUAUCAGCUCUGAGUUCAGUUACCACUGUGAAGCAAAGAACGAUAUUGGAGCCAGUAAUUCUUCAGCAGUUCUGGUGGAUGUUCACUGUGAGUAUUAUUUACUUUAG